AGGUAGACUGUCGAUGAACUGAGGCUCCCGUAGAUCCAUUUGCUUCGCGACCGUAUCAUCGCCUCACUACCGCUUACGAGCGCGUCUUUCGUCGCGUUGCCGCAGCGAGACGUUAGGUUUCAGCACACACAGGUUUUUUUUUCUUCUUUCUGUCUUGUGAAGUUCUUGUCGACUGUACAAAGACACACCCACACCCUUGUCGUUCGGAGACUUGACGGCAACGUAAAAUUUCUAACGUAUUUACGUUGUCUUGUCGUCAAAGGAAGCGUCUCACAAUUGUUUCUUCUCUUUUGUAACUGUAUUUCGUUUCUCUAGGUAUACUUUGAUUUAUAAAUACGUACUUUGAAACUCGACACUCUGUGCUUCUUCUUCUUUCAGAUACGCUGCUGUUUCACGACCGUGCCGCCCGGAAAACUCUUUUCCCGAUUUUGUUUCGGUAUUGAUUUGCGCGUAAGCGCGAGUGUUUUUUCUUCUUCUUUUCUCCGUCUCUUGUUUUUUCGUUUCUUCAUGUAAAUAUAGAAGGAAAAAUUAUCUUUAUUGAACUCCUUUCACUGGAAAAUAAUCUUAUUAUCUCUCCCCUCUUUAUCCAUUCACCAGUGCUUUCUUCUUUUCCUUUUUUCUUCUGGGCUCCUUACCUCCCAGCCGCAGCAGACUCACACAAACACCCCCCCCCCCCAAAAGAAAGAAAGGAAAAGGCCGUGGCUGAUCGAAAAUGGAGUGCGCACAGCCCUCCUCUCGGCCUCAUCACACAGCCGUGGCGCAGUAUGAGAGCGGUCUCGUGAAGUCCCCUCGCGCGGCGCACGCGCACAACCACAGCAGGGGCGACGUGUCCUCGCAUCGCACCCCCCGUAGAACUCCAAAGGUGUCGGGAGGGUCUUCCACGCCUGCCUCGCUUCCAGCGGCGAAAAGCAAAGAGGCGGCGCCCGUUAAGCGCAGCCUGUUCCCGGUCACUUCAUCCAUCCCUUUCGUCGUCGGAACGCCCAUCUCAUUUACCACGCACAGCGCGCCACCGACGCGGCCUUUCGUAUUCGGUGCCGAUCCUACCUCCACCCGUCCACGGCGUGUCAGUUCUGCGCGUCGCCGGGGCUCCGGGGUGGCUGCGAGUGCCACCGCCGCCAGCCGCUUUAACUCCGCCUCCAUCCUCUCCACGCACACCUCCAGCGUUGUCUUCACCAAUCUAGCAAAUGGUCAGCCCACCGCGCAUCCGGCACGUCGAUCACGUUCUGCCUCGGUCAUUAUGUUGCAUCAGCGGCAGCUGCAAGACUUCCUCUCCGGGCGCGGUUCUGGGGGCCCGCUCUUCUCCUCUGUGUCGAUGGCCCAACUGUCCGCUGCGGAACGACGAGGUAGCGUCGCCUCCAGCAACUCUCUUAUGCUGCCGCCGCCGAUUGCGGCCACGCCGCAGAUACGCGCCUUCAGCAACAAAACUCUCUACGUGCGUCCGCGCCCCCCUAGCUGUUCCUCAGACUCCUCGUCCUCAGACGACUGGCAGAGUAGCAGAAGCAGUAUUAGUAGUACUGGCAGCGACAGUGAGGCCGAUGAAGACGACGCAGCCGGCAGGACACCGUUUCAGGAACGCAAGCCGCACAGUCGGACGGCGAGCUGUUCACGUCGUCGUCGACCCACAGACUCACCUCGACCGUUUCGAAACCUCCAGAUAACCGAUUUGGACCACCUUCUGUUGGAGACGACAGACAAGGCGAACGCUCUACAGGCAGAGCCGCAGAGCAUUACCAUGCGUUUGGCCACCGCUGCCGCUGACGACGCCGUCGUGGCCGGCGCAACUCCGCUCGCGCUUUCUGCAAUACGAAGCAACGACGCUUCCGUCGACAGCGUUGAGGCGGACAACGUAGAAGACGAUGUCGCUGGUGGUGGUGCGGUGCAGCUGGUCGGGCUCCCGCUGACGCCGCAGGCCGCUGUCGGGGCGGCAGGGAUGGAGAUCGGUCCUGCGGCCGGGGAGUGGAAUUUGCCACGGGUGCAGCAGCGCAUUCUCGCCGCGCGCGCGCAGGCCGAAGUCUUUCAGCACUUCACGAGCGCCAUGGAGAUCUUACUCGCCGUCCAGAUGAGCCUAGACGUGGAUUAUCAAGAAGCAACCACGGCGGAAGAAGACGGGAGCGGCGGGUCUGCCAUGACGCUAACUGCGUUGCAGCGGGCGUACUACGCCGACCUUGUCGGCCGUGAGCUACAGCACGUCACAGCACUUUGGAUGGCCAAGUUGCAGGCAGACGAGUCAUGCUCCGCCGCUCCACUAGCGGCAGGGUCGCAGCACCACUCUCUCACUGUGGGCGUGGCGUCGCGGAAUUAUUCGAUCGUCCCAUCGCGCCCCAACACACGUGGGACCGCUGUUUCCUUCUCUCGUACGGCGUCCGGUGGCAAACGACGCGCCCGUGCGCAACGUCGCACCGAAUCGUCUUCUCAAAGGUCGGCGCGCGGGGUUGGGCGUACGGUGCAACGGCGACACAAACAAGCGUCGUCGAUGCGGCGUUCGCCGUUUAAGUCGUUCCGUGCAGAGCUCGUCGCACGCGAAGUACGCCGUUCGACUCGUUUUCCCGCCAAAAGCAAGGCAGCGGCGACGGCAAUGCAUUCCGCACACGGUGCCACGGACAACGCCGGUGGUGUGAUCGCUGCGGGGCGUGAUGGGGAGCCGGUGACGAACCGGAUCGGCGACGUACACGAACACAGCAGCGCCCCGAGGACGUCUUCGGCAUUCAACACGAAAGCGCCAGACGCUAAAUCUACCGCAUCUCCCGCCUCCACACCAACACCUCGUCACAGCAAAAACAGUAAAGCACGUGCGAAGCGCCGUAGACACCGCAGAGGAGCACUUCUUCGCCGUCGCACCUGUAAGAUAGACGCAAUCGAGCUGGAGUUUGAUGCUCAGAUGGAGCCGCCCGUGUUGUGUGACGACUCCGUACUGGGCCAACUUCCCCACUGCCCUUUUGAGCCUAACUACGCAAGCCACUCCCGUCAGUCCACCGUCAUGAACACGAGUGCCAACAGCAUCGAGCCGGAAAGGCGGGAGGUAACGUUUUCUUCGGAAACAAGCGCCGUUGUGAACGCGGCGCAGGAUCAAAGAAUAUCGCUUCCUUACGGAGAACCACAAGGUGCGCAUGCCACGCGAGGGCAGGCACACAGUCAGGGCUCUUAUCGUCGUAUAUCGAAUCGCGCAAAGCGCCAGAUGGGCUGGACUCCCGGAUCGAAGCCGUACACGUCCACGAAAGACAUUCUUUCAGUUGUGAAGGAUCGCAGUGCAUCGUACGUCACGGUGCCGGCGGGGCAGAAUCACCAACGCAACAGCAGUAGCAGCUGGCAUGAGCAAGAACACUCUUCGCCGUUUCCAAUGUCCGCUACGAACAACGUCAGCAGCGGCACUACAGAAGCAGAGUACUCCGGACCUCAACACAGCACCGAUGGACGUGAAACAUACGGCUCGACAGCAGCGCGUACGGCAGGUCCCGCUGAUAGCUCGCAGUUCCCUCAGCAACCCUUGCAGCCCUAUUUGCGUGGUAACUCCAGUGAACGGGCAGCAAAUGCGACUGCUGCGGCAGCCCUCAACACACAGGAAGCCAGCACGGUAACGAGGACACCAGAGCGGCCGAGUAAAACGACAAGAAGUGUCUUCAUGCGCUACAAGGCAAACGCGUACACUUCGAUUGAAGAACUCGCACUCCAGCUGAGUGAGAAGCGGCUUCUGCGUUCUCGCGCGUUGGGGGAAGGCGGGGAAGCAUCUCUGCCGGCCACCCCACACCACUCACGGGCGCUUUUCGAAAAAGACCUGUCCUACACGAGUGCAUCGCAGGGCGACAGUGCGAGCUCCCAAAACGUUGUCUUGUCUCCCGACUCCUCUAGACAUCUUUCGAAGUCCUCCACCAACAGCAAUGGCGACGAAGAAAAGCUCAACUACGACAGGAAAGCACAACUCUCGGCACCUGGCGCCGCCACGCCUUCGCCAACGGGGUCCGAAACACCGACAAGAGAAGAGAAGGAGGAGCUUGAGCGCGCCCUGCAACAGGACUUGGACCGCAUGCAUUACAACAGCCAACUGUCCUGCAUCAAACAGCAGCAGCAGCAAAGACCAUCGACCUCUUUCGACCAAAACUCCUCGUUGAAUCCUCUAUGUAACUUACCGCCGCUCAACGACCAAGAGGAUGCCGUGAAACCGACUCGACAUGCCUCCGCCAAUCCAGCGGUGUCUCGGCAGCCACGCUCUCCGCCGCAACAGUCCAAGUACGCACCGACCAACGAGCGCCCGCCGUGCGUUCCACGUCCGCAGUCCCUCUUUCUGACCCCAGGUAAGAGCAAAGACUCCGAUGAACCGGCGGCCCAACGUGAGCGUCUAAAGUCACCCUUUCGCGAUUUCAUGACGCAAAACUGGCCAAGAGAAGGAACCGACCAAUCGACUGCGCACCGCGCUUCGUCAGCCACGGGCAACGCACGGCGAUACAACUCGGUGCAGGUGGAUAAUCACAGCUGGGCACAACUAAACAAUCCGUAUUCUUGUGAGGACCGCGUGUCCCGAUCACUUCUACCACUCCCGUUCGCCUGCUCUCGGCCUGCAAGCAGUCAUGACACAGCGAAGGCAUAUCAUGAGUCGAGCAAUCCGCUCAAACCUUCUCAACUGAACUACGUCUAUGAGUACAGCACGAUUCUCGACUCUGACGGAAGCCCACGUCGCCGACUGACACUGCGUCGACAGGGAGUAAUGCACCGCUACCCCCCAGGGUCCGGAGAACGCACCCUCACGCUUCCCACACCCAACGCCACAAGGGAACAACACAAUGCGUUACUGUCCUCACAGCCAGGCCGCAAA